CGCGACACGUCAUGAACUUCGCGCAGAGCAUGGGCGCGAAGCCCGGGGGCGACGCGGACACGCCGCUGCGCUCCGUCCAGAUCGACGGCCAGGUCGUCAUGAAGAUCGUCAAGCACUGCACGGAGCAAUCCCCCGCGCUCGUGACCGGGCAGCUCCUCGGCCUGGACAUCGGCGCGACGCUCGAGGUGACGGACUGCUUCCCGUUCCCGAACGCGCCGACGCGCGCGACCGCGGAGGCUGACCUCGCGGACGCGGACGCCCUGGACGAGGGCGCGAACUACCAGCUCGAGAUGAUGCGUUGCUUGCGAGAGAUAAACGUGGACAACAACACGGUGGGGUGGUACCAGUCCACGUACCUCGGGUCGUUCUACACCGAGGAGCUCAUCGAGACGUUUUUGGCGUACCAGGAGAACAUCAACCGGUGCGUGUGCGUCGUGUACGACCCGACGAGGGCGGCGAGCACGGGGACGUUCGGGUUGAAGGCGCUGAGGCUCUCGGAGAAGUUUUUGAAGAUUCACAAAGCGGGCGAGUUCACGUUUGAGAAGCUCGCGGACAAGUCGAUAUCCUGGGCGGAGAUCGUGUGCGAGGUGCCGUUGAAGAUUAGCAACAGCGCGCUGGUGAGCGCGGUGAUGGGGGAGCUCACGAAGGAGGUCGCGAGCGAGGACGUCGCGGGCGUGACGCAGUCCGACCUCGACCGGCUGUCGAUGUCCACGAAUCCGUUCCUGGAGAAAUCCCUGGAGUUUCUCUCCGAGUGCAUGGACGAUCUCAGCGCGGAGCAGCAGAAGUUUUCGUACUACAUGCGCCAACACGCGCGCCAGCAGCUGAUAGCGAGCCAGUGGAUGACGAAGCGGAAGCAGGAGAACGCCGCGCGUCAAGCGGCGGGGCAGGAGCUUCUUCCGGAGGAGGACGACCCGAACAACCCGGCGGCGAAAUCCGCCAGCGAGCCGUCGCGGCUGGAGGCGUUUCUCAUCGCGAACCAGGUGAACCAGUACUGCGAGCAGAUCAGCGACUUCUCCGAGCAGAGUCUGCAGAAGUUGUUGCUCGUGUCGGGGGCGAGGAAAGAGGAGACGGCGUGAUGAUUGGGAUUGGGUCCACGCGAUGCGAAUCGACGUCGCGUUGUAAUACACGCGCUGCGCGGCACGCGCAAAAAAAUAAAAAAAGCUA